GCAGCACCUGGCGGCGCCGUCGUGGUCGUGGUCGCGGUCCUGACCCCGGUGCACCAGGCGCGCUCCCGCAUGCCCACCCACCACCACAUGCACACACCCGCGGCGAGAGGAGGAGCGGCAUCUUCCUCGCAGGCUUCGUUUCGCCAAUUUAGUUCCCCCUCUCCCUUUUUCUUAUAUAUUUUUUUUUAUUGCAUUUUAUUGUUAGCACUGUAAUUAUUUGCCGGGGUGCUCCGGCCGGGUCCAGACGGAGAGGGUGGAUUAUAGCUCCGGGAUCCCCGUGGCUCCUGGGAAGGGGCUGCAUGAGAGAAGGAGCCUGGAAAUGACAGAUGAUGGCUUGCAACCACACAGCAAACAGCUGCAGCAGCUGGAAGCCUGUGCAGUCCCCACACUGCCUAUGGGCUGGUGGUGUUGCCGGUGGGUAGGACAACCAUGUGCUGGCACCUCGGUCACUCUCGUGCUGCCCUGGAGCCCACCAGGGUGAACCCGCUUCCUUCCAGCACAGCUGCAGCCUGCUGCAGAGGGGCAGCACCGAGGAGCUGGAGGCAACAACAUUUCGAGCACUGCAGGUGUUUGCUCAGUGGAUGUUGCUGACACUGUGGCUGCAGUUUACACACAAGAUACCAACCAAACACUAAUAUUUGGAGGAGCAUUUGGAAACAUACAGUUCCUCACCCAGGAUGCCUUUCAAAACCGGGUUAGAACAGACUGAAUUACAGACUAUGACUGUCCCUGAAGAUGAUAACACCAGCAAUGAUUCAAAUGAUUUCACAGAGGUGGAAAAUGGCCAGAUGAAUAGCAAGUUUAUUUCGGCAAGCAGAAGGAGUCUCACAAACAGCAAGCUGGAGAAACAAGAGAGUGAUGAAUACAUCCCAGGAACUACUUCCAUGGGAAUGUCCAUUUUCAACCUCAGCAAUGCGAUCAUGGGGAGUGGGAUUUUGGGCCUUGCUUUUGCCUUGGCCAACACAGGAAUUAUCCUUUUCCUGCUGCUUUUAAUUGCAGUGAUGGUGCUGUCUAUUUAUUCGAUACAUCUCAUGUUGGUGUGUUCAAAGGAAAUAGGCACCAUGGUGUAUGAGAAGAUAGGUGAGCAGCUCUUUGGUGCCCCAGGGAGAGCGAUUGUGUUCGCAUCUACAUCUCUCCUGUACAUUGGAGCAAUAUUGAGCUAUCUCUUCAUAGUCAAAAAUGAACUGCCUUCUGCCUUGAAGUUUCUAAUGGGAAAAGAAGAAACUUUUACGGCAUGGUACGUGGAUGGGCGGUUUCUUGUUGUCAUCGUGACGUGUGUUAUAAUCCUCCCUUUAUGUCUCCUUAAGAACUUAGGGUAUCUUGGCUAUACCAGUGGAUUUUCGUUGUCCUGCAUGGUGUUCUUCCUGAUAGCGGUUAUUUACAAGAAGUUUCAAAUUCCCUGUGGCGGAUUGGAGCUAAAUGCAACAUCAACUAUCCUAUCAAAUAGCUCAGCACAUGAAGAUAUGUGUAAGCCAAAGUAUAUUGUCUUUAAUUCCAAGACCGUGUACGCUUUGCCCACCAUCGCAUUUGCGUUUGUGUGCCACCCAUCAGUCCUCCCAAUUUACAGCGAACUUAAAGACCGUUCAGAGAAAAGAAUGAAGUUGGUUGCAAAUAUCUCAUUUUCUUCGAUGUUUGUGAUGUACCUUUUGACUGCCAUAUUUGGCUAUUUGACUUUCUACGACAAAGUGAAGUCAGAUCUGCUUUACAAGUACCAGAGCAAAAAUGACAUCCUCAUCCUGAUGGUGCGCUUGGCUGUGAUCAUUGCGGUGGUACUCACAGUGCCGGUGCUGUUCUUCUCAGUGCGUGCAUCCUUAUUUGAGAUGGUUAAAAGAACACAAUUUGACUUACGCCUUCAUAUUCUGUUUACUUGCUUUAUUCUGUUUUUCCUCAACAUCUUAGUCAUUUUUAUCCCUACGAUGAAGGACAUUUUUGGAGUUGUAGGGGUCACUUUUGCCAACAUGAUGAUUUUCAUUCUUCCUUCGGCAUUUUAUUUAAAAAUGACACACCAGGAUAGAUCAAAGUUCACUGAGAGGAUUUGGGCUGGUCUUUUCUUGGCACUGGGGAUAAUAUUUUCCCUAGUGAGCGUUCCCUUGGUCAUCUAUGACUGGGUAAAAUCAGGAGGCAGUGAACACGGCCACUGAAGUUCACCUCGUUCUGAAAAGAAGACACCCCUGUUUGCUACACACCAAAAUCACAACCAUCUGUUCUGUUAUCUAUUCCAUCUUUUCUGAGUUUACUCAAAUCAAAUCCAAAUAAUGACUCCCCAGCAGUGAAAA